ACAGGGAGGGAGGAAUGGCGGGGGCUGGAGAGGGUACCCCGAUGGGCCUGAGACGGUGGGCUGGCGUCUGACCCUAGCCGGCCUUGCGAGGCCCGGCAGGUGCACGGCGGCCUGACCCGAGUGUCCCGUCCCCCGCGGACGUGGGCUGGGCCUUGCUGCCAGCGGGAAGGGUGUGCUUUCCAUGCUCACCUUCUUCGUGUCCUGGGCCGGAGUGGGCGAGCCGCGGGGGCUCCGUGGCGGUGCCCGUGGAGUAAAUGCUGAUGGCCUCCCUUCUUGCAGCCAGCGUCACCCCGACUCCCGCCGACUUUGAACUUUGAGCCUCUCGUAGUCACGAUGACCGAUUUAUGACUCGGGGCUUCGGGCUUUGCGGGCGGGUUUCCAUCGGGACGCAUCAGCACGGUGUGAAGUCCACAGUUCUGAGCGACAGGUGAGCCUGAGGGACUCUGGAUUGGCUGUUUCUGGGGUGUUUCUGGGCAACACGCGCCACCUUUGUUGAAUCCUAGUUGGUAGCCGCGAGUUGAUGCUUCCGUGGGGUUUAUUGUUCUGUCCAGAGAUUGAAAUGGCUUCCAGAGGAAAGACAGAGACAAGCAAAUUAAAGCAGAACUUAGAAGAACAGCUGGACCGACUAAUGCAGCAGUUACAGGAUCUGGAGGAGUGCAGGGAGGAACUUGACACAGAUGAGUAUGAGGAAACCAAAAAGGAAACUCUGGAGCAGCUAAGUGAAUUUAAUGAUUCACUGAAGAAAAUUAUGUCUGGAAACAUGACUUUGGUUGAUGAACUAAGCGGGAUGCAGCUGGCUAUUCAGGCCGCUAUCAGCCAGGCCUUCAAAACCCCAGAGGUCAUCAGAUUAUUUGCAAAGAAACAGCCGGGUCAGCUUCGGACAAGGUUAGCAGAGAUGGACAGAGAUCUGAUGGUGGGAAAACUGGAGAGAGACCUGUAUACACAACAGAAAGGGGAGAUCCUGACCGCGCUCAGGAAACUCGGAGAGAAGCUCACUGCCGAGGACGAGGCCUUCUUGUCAGCCAACGCAGGCGCGCUGCUCAGCCAGUUUGAGAGAGUCUCCGCGGACCUGGGCUCUGGAGAUAAAGUCCUUGCUCUGGCAAGUUUUGAAGUUGAAAAAAACAAAAAGUGACCAGCACGGAAGCCCGCACGUGACAUUCUUCCGUCUCGCUCUGUUUUCUUCCUGAGAAUAUUGAGUUGUUGAAAGCAGUAGAUUCCCAGCGUGCAUUAAUAGCCUAGGAAAGCGUGGCAUAAAAACACCCUUUGACCUCUG